AUGAUGGCGAAGAAAUGCUUCAUGCCAGGGUGUAUGAACGAGGUUGAGCAUGCAUGCAAAUGCUCUUCUCCUGAAACUUUAAUGUGCGGAGAGCAUAUAGGGGAGCAUGUAAACUUGCCUAAUAGAGCUCAUAAUAUUGAAUCAAUUUUUAUGCAGCCUUAUGAAGGGACAAAAGAAGCAGUUCUUGAAUUUCUUGCAAAAGAAAAUUCAAAAUGUAGCGAGUUGAGAAGAAAAAUUAUAGAUUCCAUUAGCCAGCGUCUUCCCAAUUCAGAGAAAGAUUUAGAAGAGUUUAUAGGCAAGUUGUAUUGCUACUUAGAUGAAAUAAAUGAGUUCUUUGCAAAGAUUUCCCAAGCUUCAAAAUUAUUAAAGUCAGAGCAAGAUCCAAUUUUAGGAUUAUUGAGUUUACAACCUCAAGAAGCUAUUGAGAAAGCAAAAUUGAUGAACAUAGCAAGCAGAAAUUGAUGCAACGGUGCAAAACUGUUCUAUACAAUCAAUAAAAAGCUAGAGGGUCUAAAUAGAUCCUUCUUUACAGAAAUAUACAGGGCAUAUCUAGAAAAAAGGAAUGUGCAAAAUACUCCUGAAACGCAUGAUAAAAUUAGCAAGCCCACCAGUAUAGAGUCAGCAAACGUUAAUGAUUCGAUUUCCUUGAUAAUAAAUGAAAACAGUGGGUGUUUAAAAAUAAGAAAAGAAAACAAGGCAAUAAAAAUACCCCAAGAAAAUGAGACAAGCUUGCUUAAUUCUCAAAUGAACGCUGCUACUAAUAAUCUAAACGCUUCAAAUAUCAUAGACACCUUAAGAAAUAAAACAGCUGAGAUUUUGAGUAGACCAAAUAAUCCAGAAUUAGAAAUAGAUUUCAGAGCAACUUGUUCAGCAAUUCAGAUCAAUUCUUACGAUCCACCGCUAAUGCAAGCUUACCAAGAUUAUCUUAAUGCUUACCAACAAAAGACAUCUCUUUAUAGUCUUACCAUUGAUGAAGAUAGCAGAGUUAAUUUAAUUAUUUAUAACACUGAAACUGAAACAGAAGAAGUAAAAAUAUUGCAGACUCCAGAAUCACUAGGCGCAUGCACUUGCAUAACUCAACUUCCAAAUGGCAAGCUAUUCUGUUUUGGUAAAUAUCUACCUUCUGGAAUUACAGAACUAAUUGAUGUGAAUGGUGGAGUCAAAGUGCUGCCAUCUGGAACUCCUUGCAAUUCCUCAUCAUGUAUCUAUUUCAACAACAGCGUCUAUUGCUUUGGAGGACACGAUAUAGGUGAAUUAACCCUAUCUAGUAGAUUUGAUUUGGAUCGAAAUCGAUGAAUUCAGUUAGCUCCAAUGCCAAAAGCUGAUUAUGGCUGCAAUAGUAUAACAUUUAAUAGAAAUAUUUUGAUUUCUGGAUGAAAAUAUAGUAAUCUUUUGCUAUAUUCAAUUGAUAUUGACUCUUUCUCGACAAUUCCUCAUGAGUUUACAAAAAAUAGAAGAAAGAUCCUGAUAAAUGCAAAGAGACUAUAUUUGAUUGAAAGCUAUAGAUCAAUCUAUGAAAGUGACAUUGGAAGUUUAUGAAAUUGGAGACGAAUAGGAAAAUCAAACAUCAAUUGCAAUCCUGAUCAAGUGUAUUGCUCAUACAAUAAAGGAGGAAUAUUCAUCUCGAAUAUUGAAAGGCCAGGUAAAGCAUAUUAUUGUUUUAAUUUAGAUCAAAAAUCAUUAUUGAUAUUGCCUACUCAAAUAGGCAUGUUUCACUUAAAAAAGUAG